GCAGUGACCUUGUUUUGAAUUCAACAUGUAUAUAUAUGCCAUUGCGUAUAGUGUAUUUCUACUGCCCGUGGUUCUGGAGCGUAUGUGUGUAUAUAUGCAAGGACCAUGUUCAUCUUCCCCCAGCUUGAACUUUAUGUCAGCGUAUCCCAUCAAUCAUCAACUGAGUGACCACAACACCAAAGUAUUCAACGGAGACCCCAGCCGAAGCUCCAUCGCCAUGCUAAUUUCAACUCUAUGGGCUUUCGAGAUCGGACCGCCUGCGGUAACGAGAAUUGGAAAAGCCCAUGGAACUUUCCUGGACUGCAAUAUUUCGCAGUUUUCGCUUUUGCGGUAUAAAAGCCUCCUACUGACAAUUGCAACUCCUCGCUCAACUGCAACUAAGACUUCGGACCCAGCUUAUAUACAUCUAACCAGGUGGAAAUUUUCGUCUCUGAGUCUCAUGAUGUUGAACACACGUGCUGUGAACCAUUGGCAUGCAUCCACUACGGUCGGCAGCAUCCGUGGAGUUCGUGACGUCCAAAGCGGAUCCCUAACUUCCGAACCAUAAUCCGAAUUAUUUACAGCCCAGAGAAUGUCUUUGUGAACUCCGACGAUAUUUGGUGAUGCUCUGCCCUGAUGUCGUUCUUAGUUUUCUCCGUACCUUCUUACACUUUCCUGCCGGCCCUUAACAUAUCAGACACCUUUGGUGGUAAUACAAGCGCACUUCUAUCGUUACGCUUAUAAAAAUCAACAAUAACCAUAGCUGUCUUUUCGGGGAGAUCCUCAUGGAUGAAAUGGCCAGCUUCGGGGAAGACUUGCAAUGCAUAUUUACCU